GGUUUGGGGGGUUGGAACGCCAGAGUCCCUCAGUGGCUGGGGAUACUGCUUCUCUAUCUGUCCCUGGAGGGGUGGGAGACUGGCGGGAACUUGGCAUCCAGCCUCCUAAGAAGGGUGGGGCUGGGGCUGCCUUCUUGGGCUUCAGCAGGAAGUAGGACCCCGGGGUCCCCAAGGCCAGAGGCCAGGCAGGGGUGAGUCUGAGAGAGGCAGAGGGGCUGAAGGGGUGAGCAGCCACCAGGAAGGGUGGGGAGAAUGUGUGUUAUCCUGGGGUGGGGGUGGGGGCGCCAGGCCACAGCUGUGGGUUAUUUUGGGGCAGAGGGGGGCUAUUCUGAGCACUGAUUGAGCCAGCUGCUUGGGGAAGGGCAGCGGAGAGGAGGGGCGAGGGGGAGCCAGGAUUUGGGCAUGCUGGGAGCCCCUGCCCCCAUCCCUAGGGAGACAGUGGCCCAGGGUCCCUGGGAAGGCUGGAAGGGUGUGGGGGGUGACUUCUCUAGGCAGCGGAAGGGGUGUGGGCCUUUCCCCUACCCUAGCUGUCUGUGGGGUGGAUAGAGGCCUGCGCUACCAUGGCAACCGGACAGGAGCCUGAUUGACAGUAAAGAGUGAACACUCCUUGUCUGGACCCUCACCCCUUCGAGAAGCCCCUUCUGUAGGCUCUAAAUCCUGAGAACCAGGAGUUCAGGCCCCCAGUGCCCUGCUCCCUCAGAUCCAGGAGCCAGGAGUCUGGGCUCCCAGCCUGACCACCCCAAGCAGCUAGUAUUCAACAGGGACACAGGAAGAGACGCUGUAUUGCCUCUCAUUUACUAAAUUGCUCUGGGCUGGGAGCCAGGGACCCCCGCUCCCCCCAGCUCUCCACAGCUGUGCCCCCCAACCCCGCGGCUCAGACUGGGCCAUGACUCUUUCUAGCUGUCAUUGAGAAUGGGGGGACAGGGACAGGAAUAAGGGGCCAAAAGUGGGUUGGGGGUUGUGCUCAAAUGGAGGGGUAAGGUCGUGGGGGGCAUAUUCUCUCCGCAGGAUGCCCCACUAAUUUCUUUUUCUCUCUCUCUCCCCCCACACACCUGACCCCUUUUCCCUUUCUCUUUUUUUGUUCCCCUUCACUUUUUCUUCCUUUUAUUUUUGAUCCCUCCUGCCACUCGCCUUCCUGGCCUUCCUUUCAUGUCUGUGCUGGGCACCUCCCUGGCGGGGGUCUUGCUCUUUGCCUCGCUAUUUCUGUCUUCCUGUGUUUUCUGUCUGCUCUGCCUGCCUUCUCGCGCGAUCUCUGAUUUUGCCUGUUUCUCCAUCUCUUGUGUGCGUGUCUCUUGGUGGCUGUGGGGUCUCUGUCUCCGUCUUCCUGGGUUUCUUUCCAUCUUCCUCUCUCUGUCCAACUUCCUCGUUCCUCUUAUGUCUCCCACCUUCAUCUAUCUCUGCAUCACUCCUGCCUCUCAUUCCCUCCCUGUACCUGUCACUCCGCCUUAUCUCUCUCUGCCUGUUACUCUGAGCCUCUCUAUCCCUGUCUGUUUCUCCUUCCAUCUCCCUCCUUCUCCCCAUCACUCUCUCUCCCUGACCAUCUCUCUGUGACUGUUUUCAUCUCUUCCUAUCUUCCUGGGUCUCUCUCUGCUCCUGUUCUGAUCCCAUCUCUGUGGGUCUGUUUCCCAUCUGUCCUGUCUCAUUGUCCUCCCCCUUCCUACCUUGUCUCUGUCUUCUCCCUACCACUAUAUCUUCUCUGUCCCCAUUACCCACCUCCACUCUCUUUGCCUCUGUAUCUCUCCCUCGGUCUCUGUCUCUCCUUUGCUUCUGUAUCUCUCCCUUUGCCUCGUAUCUCUCUGUCCGUGUCUCUCCCUCUAUCACCCCAACCUUUCUCACUUCUACCUGAGUCCCUGUCUCCUUGUAUCUCCCCUUCUCCCUGUAUCUCUUCCUAUACCUUGUCUCCCUGUCUGUCUUUCCAUCUCUGUGUCUCUCAUUCGUAUCUCUCUCUGCUCCCCGUGUCUCCCCGUCUCUGCGUCCCACCCUCCUCCGUGUCCCUCCCCGCGUGCCUGCGUGCUUAGAGGCCGCCCGGCAGGGCCCGCAGGCGAUGCGCGGCGCUGGUGGCCCCCGCGGCCCUCGGGGCCCCGCUAAGAUGCUGCUGCUGCUGGCGCUGGCGUGCGCCAGCCCGUUCCCGGAGGAGGUGCCGGGGCCGGGUGGGGCCGGCGGGCCUGGCGGGGGCCCCGGCGGGGCGCGACCUCUCAACGUGGCGCUCGUGUUCUCGGGGCCUGCGUACGCGACCGAGGCGGCGCGACUGGGCCCGGCCGUGGCGGCAGCCGUGCGCAGCCCGGGCCUGGACGUGCGGCCGGUGGCGCUGGUGCUCAACGGCUCGGACCCACGCAGCCUCGUGCUGCAGCUCUGCGACCUGCUGUCGGGGCUGAGGGUGCACGGCGUCGUCUUCGAGGACGACUCGCGCGCGCCCGCCGUCGCGCCCAUCCUUGACUUCCUGUCGGCGCAGACUUCGCUGCCCAUCGUGGCCGUGCACGGCGGCGCCGCGCUCGUGCUCACGCCCAAGGAGAAGGGUUCCACCUUCCUGCAGCUGGGCUCGUCCACAGAGCAGCAGCUUCAGGUCAUCUUCGAGGUGCUGGAGGAAUACGACUGGACGUCUUUUGUAGCUGUGACCACGCGUGCCCCCGGCCACCGGGCCUUCCUGUCCUACAUUGAGGUGCUGACUGAUGGCAGCCUGGUGGGCUGGGAGCACCGCGGGGCGUUGACGCUGGACCCUGGGGCUGGCGAGGCCGUGCUGGGCGCCCAGCUCCGUAGUGUCAGUGCGCAGAUCCGCCUGCUCUUCUGUGCCCGUGAGGAGGCUGAGCCGGUGUUCCGGGCAGCCGAGGAGGCUGGCCUCACUGGGCCUGGCUACGUCUGGUUCAUGGUGGGGCCCCAGCUGGCUGGAGGCGGGGGCUCGGGCACCCCUGGGGAGCCCCUUCUUCUGCCAGGAGGCGCCCCACUGCCUGCCGGGCUGUUUGCAGUGCGCUCGGCAGGCUGGAGGGAUGAUCUGGCCCGGCGUGUGGCAGCUGGCGUGGCCGUAGUGGCCAGAGGUGCCCAGGCCCUGCUGCGUGACUAUGGCUUCCUGCCUGAACUUGGCCAUGACUGUCGCGCCCAAAACCGCACCCACCGAGGGGAGAGUCUACACAGGUACUUCAUGAACAUUACCUGGGAUAACCGGGAUUACUCCUUCAAUGAGGAUGGCUUCCUGGUGAACCCCUCCCUGGUGGUCAUCUCCCUCACCCGAGACAGGACGUGGGAGGUGGUGGGCAGCUGGGAGCAGCAGACUCUCCGCCUCAAGUACCCGCUGUGGUCCCGCUAUGGCCGCUUCCUGCAGCCAGUUGAUGACACGCAGCACCUCACCGUGGCCACGCUGGAAGAGAGGCCUUUCGUCAUUGUGGAGCCCGCCGACCCCAUCAGUGGCACUUGCAUCCGAGACUCCGUCCCCUGCCGGAGCCAGCUCAACCGCACCCACAGCCCUCCGCCGGACGCCCCCCGCCCAGAAAAGCGGUGCUGCAAGGGCUUCUGCAUCGACAUUCUGAAGCGGCUGGCGCACACCAUCGGCUUCAGCUAUGACCUCUACCUGGUCACCAACGGCAAGCACGGCAAAAAGAUUGAUGGUGUCUGGAACGGCAUGAUCGGGGAGGUGUUCUACCAGCGCGCGGACAUGGCCAUUGGCUCUCUCACCAUCAACGAGGAGCGGUCCGAGAUAGUGGAUUUCUCCGUCCCCUUCGUGGAGACAGGCAUCAGCGUUAUGGUGGCGCGUAGCAAUGGCACUGUGUCCCCCUCGGCCUUUCUCGAGCCAUACAGCCCUGCCGUGUGGGUGAUGAUGUUCGUCAUGUGCCUCACUGUGGUCGCCGUCACCGUUUUCAUCUUUGAGUACCUCAGUCCCGUCGGCUACAACCGCAGCCUGGCCACGGGCAAACGCCCUGGCGGCUCAACUUUCACCAUUGGGAAAUCCAUCUGGCUGCUCUGGGCCCUGGUGUUCAAUAACUCGGUGCCUGUGGAGAACCCCCGGGGGACCACCAGCAAAAUCAUGGUGCUGGUGUGGGCUUUCUUCGCCGUCAUCUUCCUCGCCAGCUACACAGCCAACCUGGCCGCCUUCAUGAUCCAGGAGGAGUAUGUGGAUACCGUGUCUGGGCUCAGUGACCGAAAGUUCCAGCGGCCCCAGGAGCAGUACCCGCCCCUGAAGUUUGGGACGGUGCCCAACGGGUCCACAGAGAAGAACAUCCGCAGCAACUACCCCGACAUGCACAGUUACAUGGUGCGCUACAACCAGCCCCGCGUAGAGGAAGCGCUCACUCAGCUCAAGGCAGGGAAGCUGGAUGCCUUCAUCUACGACGCGGCUGUGCUCAACUACAUGGCCCGCAAAGAUGAGGGCUGCAAGCUCGUCACCAUCGGCUCGGGCAAGGUCUUUGCCACCACAGGCUACGGCAUCGCCCUGCACAAGGGUUCCCGCUGGAAGCGGCCCAUCGACCUGGCACUGCUGCAGUUCCUGGGGGAUGAUGAGAUCGAGAUGCUGGAGCGGCUGUGGCUCUCUGGGAUCUGCCACAAUGACAAAAUCGAGGUGAUGAGCAGCAAGCUGGACAUCGACAACAUGGCGGGCGUCUUCUACAUGCUCCUGGUGGCCAUGGGCCUCUCCCUGCUGGUCUUCGCCUGGGAGCACCUGGUGUACUGGCGCCUGCGGCAUUGCCUGGGGCCCACCCAUCGCAUGGAUUUCCUGCUGGCCUUCUCCAGGGGCAUGUACAGCUGCUGCAGCGCGGAGGCUGCCCCGCCGCCCGCCAAGCCCCCGCCGCCGCCGCAGCCGCUGCCCAGCCCGGUGUACCCGGCGGCGAGGCCCGCUCCCGGUCCCGCGCCCUUCAUACCCCGCGAGCGCGCCACUGUGGACCGCUGGCGCCGCGCCAAAGGUGCAGGGCCGCCGGGGGGCGCGAGCUUGGCCGACGGCUUCCACCGCUACUACGGCCCCAUCGAGCCGCAGGGCCUGGGCGUCGGCGAGGCGCGCGCCGCGCCCCGGGGCGCAACUGGGCGUCAGCUAUCUCCGCCGGCUACGCAGCCCCCGCAGAAGCCGCCGCCCUCCUACUUCGCCAUCGUGCGCGACAAAGAGCCGGCCGAGACCCCCGCCGGCGCCUUCCCUGGCUUCCCGUCGCCGCCCGCGCCCCCGGCCGCCGCGGCCACAGCCGUCGGGCCGCCGCUCUGCCGCCUGGCCUUCGAGGACGAGAGCCCGCCGGCGCCCACGCGCUGGCCGCGCUCGGACCCCGAGAGCCAGCCCCUGUUGGGCCCCGGCGCGGGGGGCGCGGGCGGUGCGGGGGGAGCGGGCGGCGGAGCCCAGGCCGCGCCACCCCCGUGCCGCGCCGCGCCGCCCCCCUGUCCUUACCUUGACCUAGAGCCGUCGCCGUCGGACUCGGAGGACUCGGAGAGCCUGGGCGGCGCGUCGCUGGGCGGCCUGGAGCCCUGGUGGUUCGCCGACUUCCCCUACCCGUACGCCGAGCGCCUCGGGCCGCCGCCUGGCCGCUACUGGUCGGUCGACAAGCUCGGGGGCUGGCGCGCCGGCAGCUGGGACUACCUGCCCCCGCGCAGCGGCCCCGCCGCCUGGCACUGUCGCCACUGCGCUAGCCUGGAGCUGCUGCCGCCGCCGCGCCAUCUCAGCUGCUCACACGACGGCCUGGACGGCGGCUGGUGGGCGCCGCCGCCCCCGCCCUGGGCCGCGGGGCCCCCGCCCCGGCGCCGGGCCCGCUGUGGGUGCCCGCGGUCGCAUCCUCACCGCCCGCGGGCCUCGCACCGCGCGCCCGCAGCUGCCGCGCCGCACCACCACCGGCACCGGCGCGCCGCAGGGGGCUGGGACCUCCCGCCGCCCGCGCCCACGUCGCGAUCGCUCGAGGACCUCAGCUCGUGUCCCCGCGCCGCCCCCGCGCGCAGGCUCACCGGGCCCUCCCGCCACGCGCGCAGGUGCCCGCACGCCGCGCACUGGGGGCCGCCGCUGCCCGCCGCGCCCCACCGGAGACACCGGGGCGGGGACCUGAGUACCCGCCGGGGCUCGGCGCACUUUUCCAGCCUCGAGUCCGAGGUAUGACGCGGCCUGGGGGGCCCCGCCGCCCCCUCGGUCAGCGCAGGCCACAGCCCGAGGGAGCACGCGGGGUGGACAGGACCCGCACGGGUUGGGAAGGAAGGAAAUUGAACUGGCCGGACCCCGCCUGGAGCAGCGUCCUGCGCCCCUCGCUAUGGGGGCACCUCGAGCCGGGGGGGAUUUGGUCCCUCAAAUCUCACCCAGCCUGGGAACAAGGGGAUAGGGGUCUUGGAGCCCACUGGACUUUUUUUUAAACCCGACAAGGGCUUUUUAACGUCACCAGAUGGGGCAGGAGGUGGUGGGGUCACGCCACGCCCGCGUCACUCCCCCACGCCUGGGGCCGUGGCCCCCACAUCACUGUGCAGCUCCCCGGCCCCAGCCACGCCUCCGGGGAAGCCCGUUUUUAACCUUUCAUCCAUCGGGACUCAAAACUGUGAGACGCGUUCGCCAAACUGUGACCCCAGACCUUGGACCCCGCCACACAGAAACCCCUGACCCCAGACUGUGACUUCCGACCCCUAAAAAUGGUCAUCCGACCCCAGACUGUGACCCCUGACCCCAAACUGUGACCCGAGCCCCAGACCGUUCCCCGACCAGACUCUGUCCCUCGACGUCAAACCGUUUCCCCCUCCUCCUUUUCCACCCGCGGUAGCUUUCCCCUCUUUCGACCUAGCACACGCCCCCAACGGAAGCCCCGCCUCCACUGCCCCAGCGUUGAUCCCAACCUCCAUCAGGCCAAAACUUCCCACCCUGUCGCACCUCACUACCAGCCCCAGGUGCCACUAAUCACAUGCUCUCCAAAGCCAACCCUUAUUUGUGACCUUUCAGUGAAGACCCAGCAGACCCUCAAAAGCCUCCUCUUCCCAGAUCUCCAGCCGGGUCUGGAGCUGGGUUGUGGAAGAGAGGGGUCUGGGAGUCCACACUUAUCACCAACCUCCCUUCCCACUCUCCUGUCCCAUAUUGCAGUGUUUGGAAUAAACCAUGUUUUUAUGCCUCCUCAAGCCCAA